AUGGAAUUAAAAUUCAGCAAAGAUAUUUCAAAUAUCAAAGAUCUUAAACUACCUGCUAAACUAACUUUUGGAGUUUAUACAAGAAAGUUUCAAGAAAGAAUAAAAUCAGAAACAUCAUCGACCACUUCAAGUGAAUUAAUUCAAGCUCAGAUCAAAAGAAAGAAAAAGUUACAAAUGAGAUUUUUAUUGCCUGAUAUCAAAACAUUAAAAGGCUAA